AGGUAUAGGAGUGCAUCUGGCUGACGAGGGCGGGAGAAAGGAAGGAUGGGGGGAAACGGCAUAUAAAUGUAACCCCACCAGCGAUUAUCUCGCUGUCGAGUCGGCCACCCACAGCCAGUCCAAAAAGUCAGAUACCUAUGGCCCGCACCAAAUCGCCGCCAUCCAAGUACCACCGACCGCAACCAUCAACCUACACCCUCCUCGGCCUCUCCCACAUCAUCCUGCUUACCCGCACACUAACCUCGACCUCGCACGCCCUCUCCUCGGCAAUCUCCACACUACAAGCACUCCCACUCCACCAGCCCAUACCCUUAACAAUCCAAUCCCUCACAUCCCACAUGUCCCGGCAGAUCAGCUCGCUACACGCGCUCGGGCUCUCGCCGCACCUGUUUCCGCGCACGGCACGGGAGCAGGCGCACUUCUGGGCGGACGAUUUCGCAGCCGAGCUAGCAGGCUACCAGGGGCGGCUCGAGGGGUUACUACAGGAGCGCGAGGAUGCGAAGUGGGUGCUGGAGUUGUUUACGAAGUUUGAUCGCGGCGGCGAGGGGACGCAGUUGGCCGUGGGAAGGGCGGAGUGGGCGGAUCUGGUCGAAGAGGUAAUGGAUGAUGUACUCGAGGAACGGUAUCAUACCGCUGAGGAGCUGGAGCUAGGGGUGGAUGGGAAUGGGAAUGGGAGCGCCGAGGAUGCAGCGGGGUUCAGGGCGCGGACCGUUGAGACGGAUGGGAGCGCACAGGGAGCGCACGAUCUAGGCCAGGUGGAGGAGAUUACCGACGACGCGAUUAAUACCCUCCAGCUGCUGGCGGAGGGAUACACCGCAUGGUUCUUCGGCCUAGCGCAGGACGCGACCGAUGCCUGCACGGGAAAAGGAAUGGAGCUGGACUGGGACUCGUGGCAGCUGGUGCGAGCGCAGUGGACGAUUUCCGGGCUGAGCUCGGACGAGUGCAUGCGGAUAUCGAUGCGCGAAGCGGCGGCGUUUUGAGGAAUUCCUAUCCAUUACUCGAGUUAACCCACAUGUGUCUAUCCGUAGUGUAAUUAUUGUCUUCCAUGAU